AUGAUACUAGAAAAAGUCUUGUAUGCACCCGUUUUAAACAACUACCACCCCAACCGAGCGAUAGAAGCCUUACUGCACUGGAUACUAUAUGCCAUGUCUCUCUCGAACGAGGCCAUAAUUGCCAUUGUGGCACUAGGCCUCGCUCUCGUUCCUCUUCUCAUCAAGCUCUGGCGCUCCCACAAAGCGCGACGGCAGGCGAUGGCCGCCCGCCGCGCAUCGGCCGACACAGAGAUGCAACAUUUGACAGCCCACUUACGGGAGCCAGCGGUGUUAUCACCGUCCUGUUCAUCGCUGCACCGAUAUGUGGAAUACAAGCUCCACGAACAAAUUAAGUAUUUCCCGUAG